CCGGUCGCCACAUGAAGAUGCUCUCAGCGCCCAGCACCACAGCAGACCUGCGACACUCUGCCUGCCGGAACGAGCCGGCCUCUCCCCGCCUGCUGCUGCCAUGGGAGUGUGCGGACAGCCCGGUCCACGAUGAGCUGUGACACCAUUGGCUUUUCCCGGCAGUCACACCCCUCCAGCCAGGGCCUGCCGGCUCGGCAGUUGCUCCUCCAUUUCCAACGUCCCUAAUCCCCAUGGAUCCACGACCAUAACCAUGGCGACGCGGGUGGAGGUCGGCUCCAUAACGUCCCUGACAGUGGUGCCAGGCCUCGGUGAGAUUGGCAAGGAGGAGACCCUGAAGCGGACUUACUUCUGCCAGGCCGGCGACACCUCCGGGGCUCCCUCGGCCGGGAUCUUGGAAGCGAAGAGCCCGCUGAGGAGCGCGGCCCGCCUACUGCCCCUGCCCAGGCUCGCGCCCAGGCCCUUCUGCAAGGAGGGGGCCCCCCCGGACGCGACAGCCCCCGAGUCGUCUUUGCGGCACGGUCCGCCCAGCCCGUGUCCCUCUGGUGGGCUGCCCGAGCAGGUGGCAGCCAAGGACCUGGGCGGGAGGAUGCCCGGGUUGGUGGGGCAGGAGGCGGGUGGCGGCGAGGGCCCGAGGAGCAGCGCGUCUCUGUUCUCCAACCUGCGGCCCAGCCCCGGCGCCGUGAUCCUCUUUGAAGCCACCAAAACCGGCCCCACUCUGGGGAGCGCGGCCAGCGAGGGGGCGCAGGAGGCCAAAGCGGGCGCGUCUCAUGAGUCCCCUCCGGGCUCCCGGCCCGAGGUGGCCGCCAAGCCGGCCAUGCCCGCCCGAAAGCCGGCGGGGACCCUUCCGCGCCCGGCCUCGCCGCCGCAGGAGCCAGGCCAGGGGGACACGGCAGGGCCCGCGCCGGAGCCCAGGCCUCGCGUGAGGAGGAGGCCCGUGUCGGCCAUCUUCGCCGACUCCGUCCAGCCCCAGAAGCCGGGCCCCGGCGGGGGGCCCGGGGCGGGGAGGGCGCCCCCCGCCCCGCCCGAGAAGACGUGGGUGCGGAAGCCCAGGCCCUUGUCGGUGGACCUCACGGCCCGGUUCGAGGGCAGACAGGGCGGUGGGGCCCCGGAGAGGUCCAGGCCGGAGCCCAGGGUGCACAGGGGCUGUUCGGCCAGGGCGGAGGCCCCGCUUCCCGACACGAGUGCCGGCUUCCCGGAGGUGGCCAAGAAAAUCCAGGAACGGAGGGAGAAGGUGUUUUUGCAGCAGGAGACGGGCAGCCCCAGGACCCUGGGGGGCUCAGCCAGGGUCGCCCCCAGAGAUGAGCAGAGUCCUUGGGAAGCGCCAGGCAGGCUGGCCCAGGAGCCAGAGAAGGCGCCCGAGCCCCCUCCACCCGGGCCGGGAAGAGGCCCGGAGCUUGCCGAGGUCAAGGGCAGAGCAGCCGGAGGAGGCGUCCCAGCGGGGGGCGAGCGGGCCUCCAGGGGGAGCGUCAAGAAGCGCAUCAGCCUGUUUGGGGAGGACAGCGCCGUGGCAGCGGCCGUGGCCUUGGCAGGGGGGCCCGGACCCCCCUCGGCCACCCCUGAGUCCCCAUCGGCAGCGCCAGAGCCCGAGCAAGGGGGCGUGAGCGUCCAGGCGCGGGUCAGAGGCUGGGCUGCCGAGAGCUCUGAGUCAAAGCCCGAGAUCAGGAGGAGGACGUUCCAGGCCCGGCCGCUGUCCGCGGAUUUGACCAAACUGUUUUCAAGUUCAGCUUCAAGCAGCGAAGUCAAAUAUGAGAAGUGUGCUGAGCAGAGCGGUGAGCUUCCUAAGGAACCGGGAGGAAAGCAAAAGGAAGGGCAUGGUUUGGUGGAAGCAUCUGCUCCAAGAAGCCCCCGGAAGCCUGGGACGCUCCGGGAGAAGCCCAGGCAGACGGAGCAGAAAGAUAGUUCUACCCGAGACCCUGACUACUCUUUCGGUGAGAGCUCGGUGGGAACUCCUGACGUCACUCCAGAAGAUGAGGGAAGCUUCCAGACCGUGUGGGCCACGAUGUUUGAGCAUCACGUGGAGAAACACACUGUGUCCGACCUGACGGGACGCUGUCUCCUAACCACAUCCCCUGCUGACGUGUCCGACGCACGUGUCCCAGAACCCAGGCCCAGGCCUGAGAAAGGCUCCUGGCUGGGGAAGGACCCGCUGGAAAUGACAAACCUCAAGAAAGAGAACUUGAGGGGCUUUGACAGUCCCAAGACAGAGAGAUUGGGACAAACCGCUCUUAUGAACGGUGAGCCAAGACAGUAUCACACGCCUCUCCGGGAAAAGCACCCUUUGGGUGAAAAACGCAAUAGUAGCCCUUUGCUAAAGCCCUCGGAAAACCCUCCCGCAUCCCAGAGGGUCGAGCCCAGGUAUGAUGUCGUGCACACGGUGAGGGGGCGUGUGCACAGCGAGGCCAUCUCAACGGCGCCAGAGGAGAAAGCGGUGACGCUCCGAAGCGGCAGGUCUCCGCCCUCGCUGAAGGGGAGGCAGCUGUCCCAGGAGGUCACCCCGGCUGACCCACAGGGUGGUCCGGAAGGUCAGGUGGGAUCCGUCCAACGGGCCAGUUUGAUCUGGGAAGCUCGAGGGACGCAGGAGGCGGCCAGUGGGCCAAAGCUUGAGUUUCGAGAGCAGAAGGAUGUGACUGGGGGCAAUUGCCCGUCGCCCAGGUGGACAGGCGGGGGGGCAGGAAGCUGGUACAAAGCCACCAUGGUGGUCAGCGAAGAGCCCUGUGCUCCUGGGGCCGCCUCUGUGAGGUCCGUCAAGGCUGCUGUCUGGGAGGCCCAGCACGAGGGGCCUGGGGGGCCUGGACACAAGGCGGGAGCGGAAGCGAGGGGUCCCUCCCAGGGGGGCCCCCCAGAUCCUCCUUCCAGGGCUAAGGCCGAGCCCCCUGAUUCCUGGACACAAGCACAUCCAGACACGUUUUCUGGGCAGAAAGGGCCCCUCACUGUGGCUGCCAGCGAUGGGGAUCCCAGGCUGGCCCAGGUGCCGGGGCCAGAAGCCAAGAUGCGGAAGGCGGGUCCCACGGACCCGAGAAUGGACAGGUGGCGGCGGCGGACUUUACCCCACGACGUGAAAUUUGACACAUUCAGCUUCCUCACCCCAAAGAGCUCCUCGAAGGUGGAGGAGAGACAGACUGAUGAUCUGAGCCCCACAGCCAGUGCCUUAAGAAAACCUCCACUGUCCCACGGUAGGGCGGAGACCCAGGGGAGCCCCGGUGCUUCGCAGGACCGGACUUUCUCAGUGGCGAAGCAAGGGUCUCCGGGGGAACCCAAGGCAACAUUUUUUGCAGUCACCUAUCAGAUUCCCGAUACUCAAAAGGCAAAGGGUGUUGUUAUGUCAGGGCUUGACAACUUGCUGGAACAUUCUAGAAAAGUCACUCCACCUCCAUCUCCUCAUUCUUUCGCACCCGCUUUGAUUUCGCUUAACCACGAAGAGCCACUGGAGACGGUGGGCGGUAAAAACUGGACUAAGGGGAGGGAGCGUGAAAAUGUAAGCAUUUCAAAAAACCUGAAGCUGACAGACUGUCCCUUAUUAACUGGGGACAGGAUUCUGGAACCUUCUAGUGAAAAAGUCAUCGACGUGGACGCUCUAUGGCGUCACCGCGCAUCAGAAGAUGGCGCUGGUUUUCAGAACGAUUGGAAGGAUAGUGGGAGCAAGCUGUCCCCCGGCAACGGUGCUCCCAAAACUACCCCGACUUUUAAGAGUCGUCCGAAAGAUGUCCUUGUCAGGAGGAGGACCGAGGUGAUCAGCGAGACGUUCCCAGGUAAGAUGAAAGACGGCUACAGAUCCAGCGUCCUGGACAUCGACGCCCUGAUGGCGGAGUACCAGGACCUGUCGCCCAAAGUCCCCGGCGAGGCUCAGGGGCAGAAGGAGAGCCGGACUUGGGAGCCCAGCAGCUCCCCCUGGGAGAGGCCAGGCCAGCCAGGCGGGGUGGGACCAAGGAGGAGGAGCCUGAGGGAGGGACCCGAAGCAGAGGGUCUCCCGAAACGAGCCAGCUUUGCCGAAACAAGGCACAACUCCCCUCCCGGCUCAGGCAAGCAGCCGGCAGAGACCCCCCGGGCAGCCCCGAACACCAAAUCCAGCCCUCUGUGGGCUCUGCCACCAGCGGCUCCUUCCGAGACGUAUGCAGGGGCCUCGCCCGUCCCCGCAGGCCCCAAGAAAAAAGUCUUGGGAAUCGCUGAGGACGACAAAAAGGCCUUUGCCGGUAAACAUCACGGUGCAAAGUGUCAGAAUUACCUGGCUGAGUCAAAGCCCUUCGGUCGGGAGGAUCUGGGCAGUAGGGUCAGACUGCCACCCAAGUCGCCCCCCACCGACUGGAAGAAAGGGACCCUGAGGAAAUCCAUCGAGUGGGGAGAGGACAGCGUUGUGGCCCAGUGGGGUGGCCACCCACGGGACUGUGCAAGGUCGCCGCCGGACGUCAAGAGGGCCUGUUCGGAGAAGGGGCCCCCUGCCUCGAUCCGAGAGGGUCUAUCCAUCAUGCACGAAGCCAGGGAGAGGCGGCGGGACCUCCCUGGGGGGAGUUCGGAGGCCAAAAUGGGGCACUGCUGGCGGGAGUCGGGGACUCGAGACGGUCACAAGGUGCCGCCUCGGGACCUGGAGAAGGAGGAUGUCCUCCGGGAGAGCGAGCGCCCACCCCGGCACGUGAGCCCGGUGGCCUUGGGCCCCCGAAGAAGCCGCAGCUUCUCUAAGGACAGGAGGAGCGGGCCCUUUGUGGACCAACUGAAGCAGUGUUUCUCCAGGCGGCCCCCUGAGGCCAAGGACACCGACACUCUUGUGCACGAAGCCGACAGCCAGUAUGGGACGUGGACAGACCAGCGCCACAGCAGGGACAGCUCGGCCCCCGAGUCCCCGGACAGCAGUGCCACAUCGGCACAGAAACAGGCCCCCAGCAGCCGCUUGUCUUCUCUGUCCUCCCAAACGGAGCCCACCUCUGCCGGGGACCAGUACGACUGCUCCAGGGACCAGCGGAGCACCAGUGUGGACCGCUCCAGCACUGACCUGGAGUCCACCGACGGGAUGGAGGGGCCACCCCCUCUGGACGCCUGCCCCGCCAAGGGAGUGGAUGACUUUUCCUUCAUCCAUCAAACCUCAGUCCUCGACUCAAGUGCCCUCAAGACCCGGGUGCAGCUCAGCAAGAGAAGCCGCCGGCGGGCUCCAAUCUCCCACUCCCUGCGGCGCAGCCGAGUCAGCGAGUCGGGGAGCAGGUCUCCUUUGGAGGAGACUGACAACACGUGGAUGUUCAAAGAUUCAACGGAAGAGAAAUCACCCAGGAGGGAAGACUCAGAUGAGGAGGAGAAGCCAUCUAGGGCUGAGAGGACACCUGUCAGCCAUCCUCAGAGGACGCCUGUGUUUCCAGGAGUGGACCCAGCAGUGCUAAAGGCUCAGCUGCACAAGAGGCCAGAGGUGGACAGUCCUGGCGAGGCCCCCAGCUGGGCCCCCCAGCCCAAGGCCCCCAAGUCCCCCUUCCAGCCUGGGGUGCUGGGCAGUCGCGUGCUGCCCUCCAGCGUGGAAAAGGACAAGAGGUCGGACGAGCCGUCUCCACAGUGGCUAAAGGAGUUGAAAUCCAAGAAGAGGCAAAGCCUUUAUGAGAAUCAAGUUUGACCAGACAGGGGACUCCGCCACGUGCAAUUAACAGAAGCCUUAACUGUCAGAACCCGCAGACGAGGCCGAGCUGCUGCCGUUCCUUCCCGCCCCGCACCCACACGCCUGGGCCCUUCCCGUCGGGGGGCGGGAGGACUCUGUCCCGUGUCCCCCGCCCUUGGCAAGCUCUCCCCGGACCCCGACGGGAAGACCCACGGUCCCCAGGCACUCGCUCGCCUCCCCGGACAGCACUGCCGGCCGAGAAGGAAACCAGGCUGCCCAGAAACGUCUAUGCGGGUGGUUUUGCCUUUUGUGUAAAAAUCUGCAUUUCUACCCACUGUAGACACUGUCCGCAGCUCCAGGAACAUCGGCGUGAGGCUGGACUGUCUCCCUCGGUUCCGAAAAACACCUGGAUUGUGAAAGCACCUCUUCGCCCCACCCCAGGGCGGGUCUUUUUUGGAAGAACAUUUCCAAGGAAGGUCAAACCGCUCAUUUCCCGCUGUAGUCUUGGUCCAAGAUGUUACCACCAGGUUGGGGGUUUUGAUGGCUUUUUCUGGCAAGUUCCGUCUUCCCCUGGAGGAAUCAGCAGUUCCGGUUUUUAAACAUAACUUUCCCCGAGGCUUUCAAGUGUAUUUACCCUUCCAGUGGGGCCACCUGCGUAGUUGACCUGUGUCAUUUGAUGUCACUUUUGUCUGCUUUAGAAGGCGAUAAAGCAAUAACUCAGCCAAUUUUCUUUGAAACUUGAUAUGUAUAUAUGUUUUUACGUUAAAGGACAGGAGGAAAGACGUGUGCAUAGUUUGUUUUGAAGUAUCCAAUCACCUCAGGUUAUCUUAUCCUUUUUAGACAUUUUAAUUGUCACUCUUGUAUAUAUUUUCCUGGUUUCUUUUCAUUUGAGCUCUGAUUUCUGUGGGGUUACCUCUGUCCCUCGGCCUCAAGGGUUCCUAAACCACAUGGCGGUGCCUUUGCCACUUAGCAUCACACCUGCCCUCGGGAUCUUUUUCUCCAGUCUUUUCGAACAGGACCCGGCCUGGGGCGGUUCCAAAUUGGCCUCAGAACAAAUGCACGAAUGAGGGGUCCUUUUUGCUUCUUCUCACCUCAUUGUUUCAUGCUCAUGUUCACCUGACCAGGUGCUUUUCUUGGUCCAAAUGCAAGUCUUGCUGAAAGCCCUUCUUUGGAGGGGAGCCCCCCAAGCCGGGGACUCUGGACGGAAGAGCAGGAUGCCAGGUGAUGACCGAUAAGGCUUGCCUUGCCUCCUUUUUUCUUGCUAGCUAUCAGCUCGUUCCUGGGACUCUCCAAGACCUCUGGGGGCUCUAGACGGUCUCUUCUCUGUCUUUCUUUUUGGAAAUCCUUAGCGCCAGCCUCCUCAUUUCUGAAGCCCCAGGCUGCAGCAAACACCCAGGUAUGCUUAGCCGGCCACCUGCCAUGCCUGGAGUCGCCAUCGUCUCUGUGCCAGCCUUGCCUGGGAGACGCCCCUUGUGAGAUGCUUGGGCAGUUCCCAGGGCAGCCUGUGAUUGCUGAGGGGCCUGGGGCUGAGUUUCCGGAUGGAUCCAUGCACAGCACUGGCUAGAUACGGAAGUGGGAGGCACAUGUGUCCCCCCCCCCCACCAGCACCUGCAACUUCCCAAGAGAUAAAAGUCUUUCUUGAUAAAUCCAUUAUAUGCAAAUAAAUGGUGUCAAAACAGGCUUCUCAUGUCCCUGGCGGCUGCUCCCAGAGGCUCCAUUGAUCUCUCCAUCUCAUCUUCCUCCUUCAUCUCCUUUUAUGUCUCCUCUCAUCUCUCUUGGAGAGUGGGUGGCUGUGGAUAGCAAUCGGCUGUUUUUCUUCUCCAGGUUAAGACAAACACCUGUGCCCUGGUGUAGGGUUGUGGUUCAGCCCCAGGGACAGCAACUGCCCCCCACCGCCCCCUACCCCACCUGCUGAUGAGCGGUUGCUGGACCCUGCCCUGCCCCCAGCCCUGUGUGUCUGGAAGCCUCGUGCACCCGGGUUCGGGCGUUUGGCCCUGCUUGAUAAUGGAGCUAGUGACCGAUUGAUUCUCACUGGCCAUUUAGGGAUUUAAUUCUUCCAAGAACUGCUUCCAUUAAUUUUGUUUAAAGAUCCAAUUACUGUUUUAUCACAAUUUUGAUAUAGUGGCUUUCCACGUCCAUGGGACCCCGCUUUGAAAGACAGCCCUAGUGUUUCAACCCUGACUUCUUUUCUUGGCUGCAGCCUGUCUUUCCUUCCGGUGGGAAGGCGCUUUGGUGCCACCCCAGGCCAUAGGAAAGGACCUGCUUUAAGUACGGUGAUACUCACCGUGCAAAACUCUCAGUUCUUAACUUGUCUUAUUUAGUCCACGAAUACCCAACAGCAAAGAAAAACACUUGAAAAUGAGAUUGAUCUGGAUAUCUCUUGCCUAACCUCCCACACCUUGAUGGGAAAUAAAAAUCCAUUGAAUUCCGUGUUGAUCAGAACAUACAAAGUCCACCCCCUUGAAACUGACUAGGGCACGUCCCGAAGGUCUUAACGCACCUCCUUUCACUUUUUGUGACCUCGUCCCCUCCAGCGCCACAGAGCAGACAAUCCCAGUGGUCAGGAGUGACCCUCUGAACAGGCUUCCCAUGACCUUGAUCAAUGCAAUGAGACUGCAAGGGGCUGGUGUUCUGGAGCCUUUCCAGAGAGCUGGGGCCACGGGACAUCUAUUUCUCCCCUUUCUAAGCUGUGUGAGCUCUUCGGGGCUAAGCGGGGGGUUGAAUGCUACUUUCUCGAGUUUGCCUGGAGCCCACUUUGGAAACCUGUCUUCUUUCAAACUCACUUAAUAUGCCUUAAUAUCAUCUGCGUGCAGUCAAGUCACCCGCCCCCAACCAGCCCUGCACAAGUGAGUCUUGCACAGAAUGCAAAUCCCUGUGAAUGUACAAUCAAUCUCUGUCUCUCCCUCUCUCCCCCUCCCCUCUGCACAUCAGCAUUUUGACAGCUGGGCUUUCAGUACGUCUGUGUCUUUCCCCCCCUCCCUUCCUCACGGUCCUUUGCCUAUUCGAAACAGAGGCUUUUGCCCGUGAAAUUCCCCGGCGAGUCCUCAAAGAAUCAGUGUUGGGGAGAAUCACUCAGUGCCGCCAGAGAAGCUCUGGCCAAAGGGAAACCUCGUGGCACUUGGGACAUUUGCGGGUUUUAGGGAAGCUGACCUGGCAGCCUCGAGUUUUCCAGGAUUCAGGGAAAGGACAAUCGGACGGCAGAGUUUUCCAGGGGGACGAGCCUAGUCACGUGCUUUCGGACAGACGUGUUUUCCUUCGUGCGUCCCCGGACGUGAGGCCAACUCCAGGGUAUCCGUAAGGAACGGGAACAGACAUAGGCGUCAUAAGCCUGAGGUCUUAACCCUCAGAGGAAUCUGGACAAACCCUCAGUGUGAUUUUCCCAGAGGAGACCUCAGCCACUCCCCGCUGGUGCUGACGCUGCCUUGUCGAGCGACGCUUUGAAGUUUUGCAUCGUGAUCUACCCCAGUCUGCCCCUCUCCCCCCCGUUUAGACGUUUAAGCUGCGGCAGGUCACCGUAGUGGCCGGGAGACAGUCUGUGUGCUCUGAACGUCCCUUCCUCCCCUCCACCGUGUGCCACUCAUGUGGCGUCACGAGUCCACGGGGUGGGAGGGCAGGACUGAGGUGGGAGCCACUGGGCGCAGGCAGGACGCGCUCCACAUCUGGACGGGGACGGUCACUCUGUGCUGAGAAGCUGCCAGAGGUCACCCUGUUGGAAUUCCAGGCAGGCCAAGGCUCUGGAGGCCUAGAGCCGCAUAAAAUGCCAGGAAGCAUGAGCCUGCCAGGUCUGUGCCAGUCGUGUCUCCUUUUGCACCAGCCCCCUUCUAGAAGUUUCUUUCUUUUGUCUGGAUCAGCUCCUGGAGGAAGAGGGGGAAGCAGAAAGUGGGGCUCUCUGCUCCAGAAAGUCGGCCUGAGGUUUCUGGCCAGUUGACCCUUGACCUCGACACUUGUCAGCCUCUCCCCUUCGCCAUCCCAGAAUUUCCUCAAAUAGUUGCCCUCACACCUGUCCCGUGACAUCCUCUUCCAGGCCUUGGACGGUAGCUCCUUGACAAUCUCCGGUGGCAUCUCACCGGCUGGAUGCGAUGCUGUUGUCUAAAGAAGAAUUUGAGCUUUUUAAUGAUCUCAUUCCAAAUAGCCUUAUAGAUCUUGUAAAUAGGGGGCUCACAAAAGUAAUAUAUUGUAUUAUGGAAGAUAUUUUGUACUGUGUCGUUUCCUAAAUCCUAGAAGUCACGCACUUCCCCGGGGUAAUUACCAUCCUCAACAUGCUUUGUAAGAUGGGGCGGGGGGAUGGAAAUGUAGAGAAAGAUGGUAUAUAUUUUCCUAACCUUCCUUCUGGGUCCCUCCUCGGAUAGAGUCAUGCUAGAGGAAGAACUCGAGUUCUGUGUGCGUAGCAAAGUUACAGCUUCCCGACUGCAGUGUUCUUGCAAUUGCCUUAUGAAUUCACAAGCUCCAGGAGUUCUGAACGGAAGGCAGACGAGAGGCACUUUAUCCAAUCCCAGAAAAAAAAAUCUCUAACCGUGUUCAUCUUGAAAAACGUAUAUUUUUAAUGUAAAAAAAGGGGGGGGGGGUGCUUCCUGGACCUCACAGAGUAUUGGAUGUCUACAAGUGCUUUUAUAUUUUGUAACUGUAAAAAGGUUUCAUAUGCACAGAAGAGCAGUCGGCGAUCCAGUCGACUGCAAUAAAACAAGAUGACCCUUGCAUGUACAAAGAUGUUGCAUUCAGACUACGAAAAUAGCAAAUAAAGCUUUGAUGCAAGUUGCACUGGA